AUGGCAUCCAGACUCCAGCAAAUCGCAAGCCACGUCGGUCUCGGCAAGACAGCCAUCACCUCCAAGUCAAACGACGACAUUGUCAUCGUCUCCGCACUCCGCACACCCAUCACCCGUGCAAAGAAGGGAGGAUUCAAGGACACAAACGUCGAAGACCUCCUCGCAGGUGUUCUCAAGGCAACCCUUGACAAGACCGGCAUUGACCCAAAACUCGUCGAAGACAUUCACGUCGGUUCCGUCCUCUCCCCAGGCGGUGGCGCUACCCUCUUCCGUGCUGGUGCACUCGCCGCUGGUUUCCCAAAUACCACCUCCGUCUCCUCACUCAACCGUCAGUGCUCCUCUGGUUUGCAGGCAGUCGUCCAAAUUGCCCAUGAAAUCCAAGCUGGCAUGAUUGAGAUUGGUAUCGGUGCCGGUGCAGAGUCCAUGACUCAAGGUUACGGUGCUGGUGCUAUGGGUUCGCUCUCUGAUGCAUGUGAAGCUGUUCCUGAAGCAGCAGACUGCACCAUGCCUAUGGGUCUCACCUCUGAAAACGUCGCCAAGGAGUUCAACGUCUCCCGUGAAGACCAAGACAGAUUCGCCGCAGAGUCCUACCGUCGUGCCGAGGCUGCACAAAAGGCAGGUCUCUUCAAGGAGGAAAUUGCACCUAUCCGCGUCACCUUCUCUGACCCCAAGUCAGGUGAGGACAAGCAGAUCCUCGUUGAGCACGACGAUGGUAUUCGUUACGGUACCACCUACGAGUCUCUCGCCAAGCUCAAGCCUGCUUUCGCCGCUGAUGGUGCUACCCACGCCGGAAACGCUUCGCAAGUCUCGGACGGUGCUGCUGCCGUGUUGCUCAUGAAGCGAUCCAAGGCCAAGGAACUCAACUUGCCCGUCAUUGGCAAAUACGUCUGCGCUGCUGUGGUGGGUGUGCCUCCUCGUAUCAUGGGUGUGGGUCCAGCUUACGCCAUCCCUGCUGCUCUCAAGAAGGCAGGUCUCUCAAAGGAGGACAUUGACAUCUACGAGAUCAAUGAAGCCUUUGCAUCGCAAGCCCUCAUGUCGUGCAGGACUAUCGGUCUGGAUAUGACAAAAGUCAACCCCAAGGGUGGUGCCAUUGCCUUUGGCCACCCUCUCGGUUGUACCGGUGCGAGGCAGAUUGCUACAGGUUUGACAGAGCUCAAGCGUACAGGCGGUAAGACCCUUUGUGUGUCUAUGUGUAUCGGUACUGGUAUGGGUCUUGCUGGUAUCUUCACCGCAGAGUAG